GGGGGGGGGUGCUCGGGCCAUGGUAUCUCAGCAAAGGCUCUAUUCGAGCUCAGACUGACAACAGCAAACUUGCACCCCCUAGGUCGAAGGUUCUUGAACCUUGCAGGCCUGAGCCGCGACAGGGCCACUACUUGCACCCUUAGGCAGUUGGGCCAGGGUUCUUGAACAUUCCAGGUUUCCAUAGCCCUUUGUCGGCCUCUCAUCCAGGAAGUCUGGAACCUGCGAGAACACUCAAAAUCUCGAGGCUCCAAUCCUAUUACAUUUUUCAAGUUCACACUUCACACGCAAAGGUCUUUUAUGUUCUUACGUUCUCACUCUCAUCGAGAAGUGUUCUAGCCUGAAAGAUUGACCAUCGCCGAAUUCCGUUCCGUUAAUGGCAACCACAACAUCAGGCGUUAGCUUUAGGUUCCCUCCAUCGAAUAAUUGCAGCAGAAGCACCUUGUUCACUCAAUGUCAGUUCUCUCUGAGUUUAAGUGUGAAUCCUAGAACUCUGAAUACUUUGAAACCACUCAGAGUGUUGAAGAGAGAUGGUGCAUUUCUCACGAGAAAAUUGGAGAAAUCAUCAGUGAGGAAACCCCGGUUGCUCAGAAUUCGGUGCGAGUCUUCUAGAGAUGGAAAGAUUACUCAACAAGAAUUUACAGAUAUGGCUUGGCAAGCCAUUGUUUCAUCCCCGGAAGUGGCAAGAGAGAACAAGCAUCAAAUAGUAGAGACAGAGCAUUUGAUGAAGGCUCUAUUGGAGCAGAAAAAUGGACUUGCACGUCGCAUUUUCUCCAAGACAGGAGUAGAUAAUACUCUCCUACUAGAAGCUACUGACAAGUUCAUUCAACGGCAACCAAAGGUAACAUCUAAUAUUCCUGGAUUUUCCUCACCUUCCGUAGUUACAUUUUCUAUUUGCCUGCCAGAAUAAUUUUAUCCAAGGGUCCUUGGUUGUGGAUUCUG